UGAAGACAUGAUCUGCUGGAAUAGUGGUAGUAACACAGAACUAAGGCAGGUAUGUCAAGAAAAUACAAGGAAAAGUGGGUAUUAAAUCAUUUUUAUUCUGUAUGUGAAAUAAAUUCAAGUUCUGUCUGAUCCAAGGAACGGAACAGAAUGUUCCUUCAUUUCAUUCUAGUUAAAAGGCUUUCAACACAAUAAAACACAACAAAAGCACUGAAGAUUAUGUUGACACACUAAUGCUACUCAACAAUGAUGUUUUGCAUUCCACAUUAAUUUCAAAAAGCUUACAGUAAAUAUUAGAACCAUUGCUUGGUAAUAGGUAAUAGAAUACCAUAUUUAAUCUGACUUGCUCAUUGAGUAUGUUUUGCAUCUGCUGAAUUAUUCAUUUAAUUGGUGUAUGUUAGGAGCACACUGCAACAUGCCCAGUCUUGCACUGCUGUUUGGAGCUGCACAAACACCACAUUCAUCAUCAGGUGAAUCAACUUGCAAAGUUUCAAAAUCUUGUUACAAUGUUUCCGCAGUGAUACCAAAGUACCAUGUUUAUUACAGUGUUAUAUGGAGAUAAUGAACAUGCUCUCUUCAAUCCAUACUGCAAGACCCAAAUUUUAUUGGACUACAUCAAACAGAACUGUCAUUAUGAGACUGAAGCUGAGAUUGAUCUAGCAGAUGAGAAUGGAGAGGUGAAAAAUCUAUUACUAAACCAACAUUCGUACUCCUCUGAUAUCUUGACUGGAAGGGAGGUCUAUGUUCUACUUGGUGUGAACAGGCCUGUCAGUCCCUCCAAACCAACAUAUACACCUUUACUGAACAAUAAUAAUAUUGUCACACCAAAAUUCUUAGCUAAACUAGGAAUCCGGAUGGAUUCUCGAGGUCAGUCCCGAGGAAAAGCAAAACGGCUGCACAAGAUAUCUUCUUCACCAUCUUCCUCCAUUGCAUUCAGGACAGAUGGUAAACACAGUGCUUCACCUCAAGGGAGACAUAAAUAUACCUUAUUACCUCACACAGGGAAGCAUGUGAGGCACUCUACUUAACAAUGUAAUUUGCAUUUAAUCAUUUAUUAAAUAUUAUUUAAAGCAAUUCCACUUAUUUUCAAAGUGUGCUGAUUUUUUUUUUUGUCUAAGCUGCUAACUACCAGACUUGGAAAUUGAUGAAACAAAUUGCUCUAUUAAUAAUCAAAUGUUUUUUUUACUGAUGUCACAAAACAAUUAAACAAGCACUGGGUAUUUUACAAUGACAGUAGCAACAGGUAUGUUCUCUUUUAGUUAUGUUUCUGCUUCUCUCUCCAAAUUGUAGAAUGCUUGGUUUAUUCCACGAUCCUGUGAGUAGAAGCACAUAUGCAAAGCUCUAUUGAUUCAUUGUGACCGACUUAAUAAGGUACAGAUCAGCUGAAAACCCACGCAUGAUUUAUUUCAUAUUUAAUUAAUUUCUGCAAAGUGCUGGGAUAUGAUUGGAUGAGAAUUUUUUUACAUUAUAAUGCUAGACCUGAAUUACUACUAGAGAACAGGCAGGGAAGUAACCAGCAACUGUUUGGUAUUUUCUAAAGUGUAAAAUACCAACACUUUCUGCUCUCCAACAGUUAUAUAGAAGUAAACCUCUGCAUGGAAUUAUUGCUUCAACAGUAAUUCUUCACUCUUCUACCUGCUUGGCCGUAUCUGCUGACUUGACUUGCAUUUGGAGCCACACGCAGGGUUGUAAGAGUCGCAAGUCAACCUUCAAUAGUACAUGUUCCUGUCCCACCAACCUGUAAUGAUCAUAUUGCUCUCAAUCAAUGCACAUUUUAAGAACUCGCUAAUCCUUUAAUUCAGCAUUAAAUGCAUUAAAGGAUUUUUUUUGUUGCCCAACAAAAUCUCAAGUUUUAGAAUCACAUCUACACUCUCAUCCCACGAUGGAUGUGAUUAAAAUUCCUGAGUGAAAUGAAAAUGCCCCUAAAAGCAUGUGAUAAAUGAUAGCCCUGUUCCUUGUAAAACUUAGCACUAAAUGCCUACCAGAAGAAGCUAGAUUCCUAGUGACCCCAUGACCACUCAUUCCAUUUCAAGUAGUGAAAUGUGGGUGAGACCAUUCAUCAUCAGACGUGCACCUUUCUUCGUUUUAGAAGAAUAAGCGAUGAUUUCUUUAAAUGGACAAUAUUCUUCCAGAACUUGACCAGUCUCAAAAUUAAGAUUUGGUCUUUCAGGGCAGUGAUGAGUAGAACCUACUUCAGCCAGAGGUUAGAGACUCUAUGCAAUACGCCACCCAAUGUGGCUAUGGAACCUCGGUUACUGGUAAAUUCAUGAUAGAGAUCAAUAGAUUUUUGGAUGUUAUAGAAAUCGAGGAAUAUGGGACUAAUACAGUAAACAAUCAGCUGUCUUCUUAGGGUCAGAGUUGUGCAGCACAUACAAGUUGGUUCAUCUUGUUUUUCUGAAAAUCUACCAACUUUCCCCUCGCUUAAUAGAAACAUGCAGUAGACUUUCCAAAUAAUAAAAUCACAGCAGCAUAGACAAAGUAUUGGCCAAUUUUCAUAAUGUGCCUCUUGACAUGAAAUAUUUUAUGGAAUCUAUAGAAGAACAAACUUUAAUAGAUUUUAAGAUCAAACUAUCAAAUGCCAUUUUGUAAGGGGCUUCUUCAAUGGCUGAACAGAAGACUGGAUCUGAAUUGCAAGCACCAAGACUAUACCCCUCCCCCCCAUUUGGGAUUUCUGAUUUUCAGCUAAUGAUGAAAAUGUGUGACUAAUUUAGAGAAAAGUUUUGUACAAAAUUUUAACUCAGUUUUAUUCAAAUCGCCCACCCCAUCCAUACUUUACCAUGUUAAUUUGUUAUUUGUACUAAAAGUAGUUUUAAGAAUGAGAACUAAACUUUAAAAAGACUUACUUCCAGGAUAUCUGCGAAUGAAGUAUUUACGAAUUUCAUCAUAUACAAAAAUUACAAUGGCAAAAGGCAAGGCCACAAACCAGUACUGAACCCUGCCAAGAAUAAAAGCAUUUAUUACAUGAAGGCAUUUCUAAGAUAAUAGUUCAUAUUUAAUAGCAACUUAAAUACUGUCAUCUAAUCAUACUGUGCUUAUUGAUUAGCCUCAAAUAUUGAAAACUGGUUUGUUUAUCCUAUACAAGAUUAUUUUUGGAUUUGAAGAGCACUGUUUCUAAUUCUACAGAUGUUACUGUACAUAUUUACACCACUCCAUGGUAAGACUGUACGAUAUAUAUACACAGCUAACAAUCUGUUUCUUUCCCAUAUUUAUAGAUUUUAUCAACUGUUAAUCUCAUGUUUUUAAAGAUUGGAGUGCCUUUCAUACUAUUAUGUCUCAUUACAUCUGCUUUUUCCCAACUGGCUUGUUUAAAAAUCUCAAAUCAGCAGCCCCAUUCCGUUAUCAAUUAUAUCAUGUACUUUGCAUGAAAAUAAAAUGUUAAGAUCGCUAUAGCAUUUUGGGGGGAGUGAGUAUAACAAGAAAUAACAAAAAAAAAUUAUUUCCUUAAGAACUUUCUAAACUUACAAUCUAUAUUAUUUACAUUUAUUUUAACCACUUUGAAUUUAAAAUGUUCUGUUUUAAAAGGAAGCUAUGCAUGGAAUUAGGUUCCUGCAAAGUUUGACAAAGCAUUGUUUAAACAUGAACUAUUGGGUGUGAGCCUCAUAGCUUUUUGAUA